GCCAGGGAGUGACUGGCAAAGUGCCCCGCCGCUCAGCCCGGGCAAUCUGACUCUCAUCAGUCUUCUGGCCCACUGUUCUUUCCUUGACUUUGGACAUCCCCGCUCCCCUUCUCAGUGGUUAAUCCUUUAGAGCCAAAAUCACAGUUUAACUCGGGAGAGCUGAGACCAGUUGGCCCGGAGGAAGGGGACCCCCCACAGCUCUGGCGUUUCCGGCCUCCAAGGGCUGAACAGAUCAGCUGGUAAGGCCGGGACUCUGGGACCAGAGCAGCCCCAUUGCACUAAGUCUUCCUCUACCAGCCCACGGCAGCGGUCUGGGAGCCAAGGCCAGAAGCUCCCCAGAACCACCAUGACCUUCACCAGCCUGCUGGAGCAGCUCGGGGGGCUGGGGCUCUUCCAAUGGCUGCACAUCCUCGCCCUGGUGGCCCCCAUCCUCCUGACGGCCUCUCACAACCUCCUGCAGAACUUCUCGGCGGCGGUGCCCCCACACCACUGCCGGCUCCCGCCAGCACCCCUCGGUGCCGGCCAGACGGGGAACCUCAGCUCCGAGGGGCUCCUCCGGCUGUGGGUUCCCCUGGAUGGGGGCCACCAGCCCGAGAGGUGCCGGCAGUUCUCCCGACCCCACUGGCAGAGCCUGGAGCCCAACACUACCUCCCCCAAUGGGAGCCUCCCCGCCACCGAACCGUGUCGAGACGGAUGGACCUAUGAUCGCAGCGAGUUCGAGGCUACCAUCGUGACAGAGUGGGACCUGGUGUGUGACUCCUGGAAACUGACCCAGAUGGCACAAUCCAUUUACAUGGCAGGAGUCCUUGUGGGAGCGAUGGCGUUUGGGAGCUUGGCAGACAGGUUUGGCCGGAAGGCCCUGCUGAGCUGGUCCUAUCUGCAGCUGGGGGCGGCGGGGACCGCCACCGCCUUCUCCCCCAAUUUCUCCACCUACUGCGCCCUGCGCUUCCUGGUCGGGAUGGCCGUCUCUGGGAUCAUCCUCAACUGCAUGUCUUUGGUUCUAGAGUGGUCCCCCACCCGGACCCGGACGAUGACGGGGACCCUGGUCAGCUACUCCGCCACCCUCGGGCAGAUACUUCUCCCAGGCCUGGCCUACGCCCUCCCCAACUGGCGCUGGCUCCAGCUCACGCUCUCCAUGCCUUUCUUUGCCUUCUUCGGCUACUCCUGGUGGUUUGCAGAGUCAGCCCGGUGGCUGGUCCUGGCUGGGAGACCAGAGCAGGCCAUCCAGGUGCUGAAGAGGGUGGCUCGCAUCAACGGGAGGAGAGCAGAAGGAGACGGGCUCAGCAUCGAGAACAGGCAACCAGUGGACAUCCCGGGGAGGGAGGCCCCCAUCUCUCUCCCCGCCAGGGCAGGAGGCCCCCAUCUCUCUCCCUUGGUCCUCCCGAAUCCAUUCGCUCCCAUCUCUCCCUCUCAGAGGAGUCCCAGGUUAGGCAGCAGGGGCAGAGACUCCUCGCAUCUCCUUUCCUCCCCUUCCCCCCCCUCUUCCCAAAGGUUCGCUACCAGUUUUGCCUAUUAUGGAGUGGCCAUGGACCUGCAGGGCUUCGGGCUGCGGGUCCACAUGUUGCAGCUGCUGUUUGGGAUGGUGGAUAUCCCAGCCAAGCUGCUCUCCACUCUGGCCAUGAGCCGCGCCGGACGCAGGGUCGCCCAAGUCACCGCCCUGGUGCUUGCUGGACUGGGCAUCCUGGCCAACCUCCUGGUGCCCACAGAACUGGCCGCCCUUCGGACAACUCUGGCGGUGUUAGGGAAGGGCUGCCUGGCCGCCUCCUUCAACUGCGUCUACCUGUACACGGGGGAGCUGUACCCCACGGCCAUCAGGCAGACUGGCCUGGGGGGAGGAAGCACCAUGGCCCGAGUGGGGGGCAUCGUGGCCCCACUGGUAAAGCUGACGGGUGAGCAGAUGCCUCUGGUGCCCCCCAUCAUUUACGGCUCCAUCCCUGUGCUCUCGGGUCUCGUGGCUCUUGGGCUGCCAGAAACCAGGAACCGGCCCUUGAAGGACACAGUGGAAGAGGUGGAAAACAGGUUCCCCCAACAGCAGGACACGGAUCCCUAGGAGAGGCAGCUGGCGGCCGGACCACGGUGGCGACCAGAGGACGUCUCCCACGCCCAAGACCACGGACGCCCGGACGUUCCCGGCCCAUCCACACGCACCCCUGCCGGCUGUUCGGGGCCUGGUCCUCCUCAGGGAGGAGUGGGAGCGGCCAGCUGCUCCCGGAAGGGCUUCCCAGGCUGACGAAGCUAAGAAAAGCCAGUCUCCCACCUCCUCCCUGGCUCACCCCCAUCACCCCACCCACCUUCUGUCCCCCUGGGGCUGAGAAGCUGGCAGCCCUGAGAACGGAAGGCUGAGCCCUAUUUACACCAUGCCCGGGCAGGCGGGCCCCAGGCCUGCUGCUCUGGGAUCUUGCCUCAGUUUCCCUUUUGGUAAGCAGAAACAUUAGGUGGCUAAUAAAGGGUCUUCUUGGACGCUG